AUGUCCCUCCCAACAUCCACACACUACCCUCUACUCCCUUCUCCUUUUCUCUCUACUUUUCCUCAAACUCAUGACAACCUCCCAUUACCACCAUCCACUGCCACCACCCGCUCCAAAUCCUCAUGGAUAGAAACCCUUCGCUCCCAAACCCGCUCAAAACAAUUCCGGGAUGCCAUUUCUACUUUUAUACAGAUGCAAUUAUCUAGUGUUCAACCAGAUAAUUUUGCUUUCCCGGCUUCUUUGAAGGCCGUCACUGCCUUGCAAGACUUGAAUUUAGGGAAACAGAUUCAUGGGUCUGUUGUCAAACUCGGCUAUGAUUCUUCAUCGGUCACCGUGGCCAAUACGCUUCUGCAUAUGUAUGGGAAAUGCGGGGAUGACAUCGACCAAGUCCUCAAGGUGUUUGCCAGAAUACCCCAGAAGGACCAAGUCUCUUGGAACUCAAUCAUCAAUGCCUUGUGUAAACAUGAGGAGUGGGAAUUAGCUAUAGAAGCUUUUAGGUUAAUGAGGUUGGAAAAAAUCGAGCCUAGUUCAUUCACUUUGGUGAGCCUACUGCUUGCUUGUAGUAAUUUGAGUAGGAGCCAUGGAUUAAGGAUUGGAAAGCAAGUUCACGGGUAUAGUUUGAGAGUGGAUGAUAGAAAGACAUUUACAAACAAUUCUUUGAUGGCAAUGUAUUCUAAAUUAGGGAGAGUUGAUGUAGCCAAGGCUAUAUUCGAGCGGUUCAUCGACCGAGAUAUGGUUUCUUGGAAUACCAUCAUUAGUUCAUUUUCACAAAAUGAUCGAUUCUACGAGGCAUUGGAGUGUUUGAGUUUUAUGAUAGUCGAAGGAUUUAAGCCUGAUGGGAUCACGAUUUCAAAAACAGAAGAUGAAGAGAAGUCUGAUCUUGACGAUAAUAUUUUGUUCUUGUUUAAACCAAAUUCAAUAACACUCAUGACUGUCCUUCCUAGUUGUGCUGGUCUAGCAGCAAUAUCUAAAGGAAAAGAGAUUCAUGCUUGUGCUAUCAGAAAUGUGCUAGAAUCUGAUGUUGCAGUUGGUAGUGCAUUGGUUGAUAUGAGUGGAUUCAGAUUAGAUGAUGCCAUCAGUAUUAAGAUUGGGAAGAAAAUGCCAUUCAAUUCCAGAUAUUCCAAAUCUGUGGAGAUUAGAGUGGAAGGAGAAGUCAAACGUGCAGAAUAUCCUUUAGCACAGUGGCACAGGAUAAGGAGAAAACUCAUCCUCAUGAAUUAG